UAUCCCGCGGUGACCGUCGCUCCCGGUGUUCCCGCAGUCCUGCUGACGGGCGGCAUCGUGGCGGUGGCGGGGCAGUUCAAGGGCUGGUACUUCGCGGCGUAUUCCAUCGCCGCAGGUGUGCUGGUCUGCCUGCUCGAGUAUCCCAGGAGCAAGCGGCAAAAGGGCUCCACCAUGGAGAGGUGUGGCCAGAAGUACCUGACAGCCGUGGUGAAGCUGUUUGGGCCCCUCACACCUGCUGGGGGGCCCCCCCCCGACGCCCGCAAGAAGCAGCCGGAGGUGGGGGGGCAGGUGAACCCCAUCCCUGUGGAGGUGGAAUAAUGGGGGAUCCUCCUGCCCUGCUGCCCUGCUGCUGCUUCCCAGCUGCUCCUGGAUCCACUGCAGGGAUCCCCAAAACCUCAGGGAUCCCCAGAACUCGGCACCAGGGGGUGCUGAGCUCCUUGGUGUGGGUCCUUAACUCCUGGUGAUGCUCAGAUCCCUGGGAUCAGCAUUUCCCCCUGCUCCCCAAGGGAUCCCCAAAUCCCCACUGGUGCUGUGGCCAUCUCCAAAUCCCCAGCAAUGCUCAGCUCCUCUAUGAUCUCUGUCUUCUAGGGAUCCCCAAAUCCCCUAAGAUGCUCAGUUCCCAAAUUCCCAGGGGUGUGAUGUUCCCUUUGGGGUUUCCAGUCCCCAGGGGCUUCCCAACUUCUGGAGAUUCCCAAAUUCCUGGGGCUGUUCAACUCCCUGUGGGGUCUCCAGCUCCUGGACCUCCCCAGGGAUGUUCAGCUUCUUGUGAGGUCUGCAGCCCCCCCAAAGGCACACCUGCUCCUAAGGAUCCUCCAAAUCCUUGGGAAUUCUCAGCUCCCUGCCUCUCCUGUUUCCAGGGGCUCCUCAGCUCCUGGGAAACCCCAAAUCCCUGGGCAUGCUCAGCUCCCUGAGGGUCCCGACUCUCCGAGC